ACCAGACUUCGUGAUAACUUUGCGGUGUGUAUACUUGUCGCAAGUGGAAAAACUUUCCACAAGUCAUUGAAUUUAAUUUACGGGAGUUCCAUGCGUUUUAAAGUGAUUAUUGCACGUGCAAAUACUAACUAAUCAUCUAAAGUAUAUUUUUUACAAGUUUGCCUGAAGAGUGGAAGAAAAUGACGUGGGAACCCCAGCCUGAAGGCUUACAGCAAAUCAUAACGAUCUUGAAGGAAUCUCAAUCGCCGGACACUGCAACCCAACGAUCCGUUCAACUGAAACUAGAGGAACUUAAUCAAUAUCCAGAUUUUAAUAACUAUCUCAUAUAUGUAUUGACCAAAUUGAAAUCAGAAGAUGAACCGACACGCUCACUCAGUGGAUUGAUAUUGAAGAACAAUAUUCGAGUACACGGCAACACUUUACAACCGGAAAUCAUCGAGUACAUCAAACAAGAAUGUCUGAUGGCGGUUGGCGACCUGUCCCCAUUAAUCCGAGCAACUGUUGGAAUUCUUAUUACAACAAUUGCCAGCAAUGGAGGACUGAUAAACUGGCCACAACUUUUACCGGCAUUAUGUGAAAUGCUAGACUCCCAAGACUAUAAUGUAUGCGAAGGAGCGUUUGGAGCAUUGCAAAAAAUUUGCGAAGAUUCCGCCGACACAUUGGACAGUGCAGAACUGAACAGACCACUGAAUAUCCUAAUCCCAAAAUUUUUACAAUUUUUCAACCAUACAAGCCCUAAAAUUCGAUCUCAUGCUAUCGCUUGUAUCAAUCAGUUUAUAAUAAACAGAUCGCAGGCAAUCAUGUUGCACAUUGAUACGUUUAUCGAGAAUUUGUUCCAGUUGUCGGCGGAUGAUGAUCACGAAGUUCGACGAAAUGUGUGCCGUGGUUUAGUGAUGUUGCUUGAAGUGCGCAUGGAUCGCUUAUUACCGCAUAUGGGCCAAAUUAUUGAAUAUAUGUUACUGAGGACGCAAGAUGCAGACGAAACUGUUGCUUUGGAAGCAUCCGAGUUUUGGUUAACUCUCGCAGAGCAAAGUGUCUGCAAGGAGGUUUUAGCAUCUUAUUUACCGAGACUUGUUCCGAUUUUAGUUCGUGGUAUGCGGUAUUCAGAAAUCGAUAUUAUUCUUCUGAAGGGUAAUAUUGAAGAAGAUGAAAUGAUUCCCGAUCGAGAGGAAGACAUCAAACCACGUUUCCAUAAAUCCAAGCACACAUUAAAAUCAGAAGACGCCCCUGACGACGAAGACGAUGACGAUGAUGGAAUGGAUGAUGACAGUUCGCUUUCCGAAUGGAAUUUACGAAAAUGUAGUGCGGCUGCGUUAGACGUUCUUGCUAAUGUAUUUAGAGAAGACUGUCUGCCUGUCGUAUUGCCAAUUCUGAAAGAAACACUUUUCCACCAAGAAUGGGUCAUAAAAGAGACGGGAAUUUUGGCUCUGGGUGCGAUAGCUGAGGGUUGUAUGCAAGGGAUGAUUCCGCAUUUGCCAGAAUUAAUUCCAUAUCUGAUAUCGUGUCUGUCUGACAAGAAAGCAUUAGUUCGCUCAAUAACCUGUUGGACGUUGUCCCGAUAUGCCAAUUGGGUUGUGAAUCAGCCGCAUGAUCAAUAUCUGAAACCAUUGAUGGAGGAGCUAUUGAAGCGGAUUUUGGAUGCCAACAAACGUGUCCAGGAGGCUGCAUGCUCGGCAUUUGCAACACUAGAAGAAGAGGCUUGCACAGAACUAGUUCCAUAUUUAGAAUAUAUUCUUAAGACUCUAGUUUUCGCUUUUUCCAAAUAUCAACACAAAAAUUUACUGAUAUUAUACGAUGCAGUUGGGACUUUAGCAGAUUCUGUUGGACAUCAUUUGAAUACGCCAGCUUACAUAAAUAUCUUAAUGCCGCCUCUGAUCCAAAAGUGGAAUAUGCUCAAGGAUGAUGACAAAGACUUAUUCCCGCUUCUAGAGUGUUUGUCCAGUAUUGCAACUGCCCUUCAGUCUGGCUUCUUGCCGUACUGCGAACCUGUAUAUAGGAGGUGCAUUUCACUGAUAGAACAAACGAUAAACCAGGAUAUGGCCAAUAAACAGAAUCCCGGACAAUAUGAACAACCAGACAAAGAAAGGAUGAUUGUUGCUCUGGAUUUACUUUCAGGGCUCGCUGAAGGCCUGGACGGACACAUUGAAUCAUUAGUUGCAAACAGCAAUAUUAUGCAGUUAUUAUUCCAAUGCAUGCAGGAUGUACUGCCGGAGGUUCGACAAUCCUCGUUUGCAUUACUGGGUGAUUUAACAAAAGCAUGUUUCCAGCAUGUUCGCCCUUAUAUGCCGGAAUUCUUUCCGAUCCUUGGUCGAAAUUUAAAUCCAGAUUAUAUUUCAGUUUGUAAUAAUGCAACAUGGGCAAUCGGAGAGAUAUGUAUGAAAUUAGGUGAGGACACAAAACCCUAUGCUCUUCUUGUAUUGAAGGAUUUGAUAAUGAUUAUUAACCGCCCAAAUACUCCCAAGACUUUAUUGGAAAAUACGGCUAUAACAAUCGGUCGUCUAGGUUAUGUGUGCCCCGUUGAAGUGGCUCCUUAUUUACAAGAAUUUGUACGGCAGUGGUGUACGUCUCUACGUCAUAUAAGAGAUAAUGACGAGAAGGACUCAGCAUUUCGCGGAAUGUGCCAUAUGAUCACCGUGAAUCCGGCAGGAGUUGUGCCACACUUCAUAUUUUUCUGUGACGCUGUUGCAUCAUGGGUUAACCCACCAAAUGAUCUACAUCACAUGAUACAAAAGAUAUUGCACGGCUUCAAGACACAAGUUGGUGAUGAGAAUUGGCGUCACUUCGUGGAUCAAUUUCCGGCAGCACUAUCGGAACGCCUGGCAACUAUGUAUACCGUAUAAGAUGUUAUCUUACUUUCCCCCCUCAUAUUUUUAUUUCAUUAAAUUUCGAUAUUUAUUAGUUUUCUUUCUUUCAUACACUACGAUAUGUGUAUAUUAAAGUUUAAUUUCCAUUUCAUUUUUCUUUUUUCUUUCACAUUAUCUUUUAAAUAUUCUUUCACUUUAUCUUUGAUUGGCUUAUUCGUUUCUUUCCUUUUUUCCGACUCACAUGUAACAGCCUUUAUUUUGUAGAACAUUUUAUCACUGAAAUUUUAUUUAAUUUUCAAAGAAAAAAUACUUUCACAUGCAUGCUUACAUGAUGUGUAUUA